AUGCCGGUGGUUGACAAGUCUCGCGAGAAGACGGCGGCGCUCCUGAUAACGUUGUUCAAAAAAUUGAAAAAAGAAUCCCCAGAGUCAAUGAAUCCGAUGCAAUAUUACUGCAGAGAGCAAAUCCUCCUGACAACCCAAACAAUGCUGCGAGGCAUCAACAAAGACAAGCCUAAAGCUGAGAUGGAGAUUAUGGGGUCCCUGACCGAGAACUUGGUUCUCCUCCAUUUGCGAGUUCUGCAGCAAAGCCCAGUAGCUGGGUCUUGGAUGGCUGGCAAACUGUUCACGUUCGUCACAAUUUUAGCUGAUAUGGCUGAUAAGGACGAAGACGAAGAUGAGGACGACGAUGACGAGCCUGAGCUCAUUGAUUGGAACCGCUUAGCCGACCAUAUGGAAGCCGCAGCAGCAAAAUUCAAAAUCGAGAAAUGGGAUAUGAAGGACUUCAUUCCCUCGCUGGAAUCUUUGAAAGGAGAUAGGCUGUUAGGCCAGGGAGGAUUCGGCCGAACGUACCUAGGACGUUACCUGCCCAAAGACUUCGAAGUGUGCAUCAAGGUGGUUCCCUUGGAGAAGUUCCAGCUCCUGCGUCAUGCUUGCGCGGAUAAACUCGUGGCCUGCAUGACCCGAUGCGUGUUUAUCGUUCAGUAUUUCGCUGUGUUCCAGUGCCAAAACGCUCACAUCACAUUGAUGGAACAUGUGAGAGGAGCAGAUCUUAAUCAACUGAUCAAGGUUUCGCGGAAACUAGAGCCCGAAACUGUCCGCGGACUGGCCGCCCAGUUAUACAUAGCACUCGAGUAUCUGCAUCUCCACGGAUUCAUUCACCGAGACAUGAAAACGGCGAACAUUCUCGUUACCGCCAAGGGUUUCUUGAAGCUUAUCGACUUCGACACCUCAAAAGUGUGCCUUGCCCACAACAUCAGGGCUCGUUUGAUGAAGUGCUAUUUUCAACGAACCGCCGGCGAGUUCUCGGACAAGGAAAAGGCCGGAACUCUGGCGUACAGGAGCCCCGAGGCCAUCCAGAGACAUCACUAUGGAAGAGCCCUCGAUUGGUGGGCAAUAGGUUGCGUGAUCUUCAAAUUGACGACUGGCAAGCUCCCGUUCCGCGGACAAGAUCUCCAGCUCAGAGAGAAGAUUCUACACGAUGCACCCGACUGGCCCGAAAAACCCGCCGUCAGUAGAGAUCUGAAAGUUUUCAUUAUAGGACUGCUGGACAAGGAUCCGCACAAGAGACUCGGCAGCGGAUCGUAUGCAGAAUUGAGACAUCACGAAUACUUCAAAGAUGUCGAUUUCGCGGCUCUUGUCAAGAGCAAGGGGAAUGAGACUUUCGCAGAGAUGCCGAAAGAGUUCUACGUGGCCGAAACAUUCAUUGCGAAAACCGGGCGGAAAAAGAAAACGGAUAAGAAGUUACUCGAACUGGAUGAGUGCGAAGACGCCGAUAAAAGUCCCAAGUCCCUGCUCACCUACGUAUCUGCGUCGUUCGCUGGUUUGGUCGCGGAAGAACGCGAUCUCGAUCCACCGAAGCCAGAGAAAGUUCUGGAGGAGGAGCUUCUUCUGUACACAGAGAAACUCGCGUGUCGGUGCGAGGAGCCCACGACAAAACUGGAUAUGCAGAUGCUCGAGGUCCUCAACAACAACGGCUCCUCGCCGGGACGUCAUGCCCGAGAUAAGUCCGUCCCCGGUCCGUCUAAAGCCACCUGUAAGAGCCACAAGACAUUAUUGAAAUCUAGCGACUGGAAUGAGCAUGCGGCCCUCAUGCAGCUGACCCUAGUCAGGGAGGCGACAACCUGCGCUCCGAAAUUCGGUUUCUGUGUACGCGUAAUCGAAGGCGACUACGGAGCGUACGGAUUCGUGCACGACAUCAAAGCCCAUUCAAAAGCGCUGGCGGGGGGUCUACUUUUUGGGGAUAUCAUUCACACCGUGAACAAGAUAAGGAUCACGGCCAAUAACGAGCAUCAUAUCCGUCAAGAUAUUCGCGAUGCUGCGAAACUCACGUUGACCGUCGUACUGAAGAACCCGUUCAGAUACGUCCAGCUCAACAAAGACAUUUUCUCGGCGUACGGGAUCACGGACAACUCUGAGGUGUUCUUGAAGGUCCAAUGCAAAGCUUCGCCACUCAAAGACAAGCAUGGAUUCAAGCUGAAGACUUUUCUAUACAGUGACGAGUACUCUACCUACGCGAUCCAUCUCGUGACAUCAGUCGACAAGAACUUUAAGAUACAGGAAGACUCGGACGCGAAGCUCUACGUCGGGGACGUCUUGUUCUCUGUGAACGGUCAGCGAACAACCAGAUUCCACACUUAUGACCAGGUGUCGGUCCUGAUAAAGAAAAGUUGCAAGAAGCAUUUAUUGAUCGGUAUUCUGCCCAUAUCGCCAUACCGGGAGGACAAUGAAGACAAAGAGAUAUGCAAAAGUUGUUGA